GGAACCCCCUCGCUGUCCACGGUAAGUGAGAGCUGAAACCAGACCUCGAAGCCUCUCUGGAGGUCCCAGAUGAAGAACAAACCGCAGAAAUCGUGUCCGAGAUAAGAGCAGAAGUCUCCGCCGGCCGGAGCCAUGGGACUGCCGGAGCUGCUGCUGCUGCUGCUGCUCGGACUGCUGUGGCUCCGCUCCGCUCAGCUCUGUGCAGCAGGCUGCAGUGAGCGAGUGGAGGUCCACACGGAGCGGAGGGGUGUGAUCUACAGUCCCUCUUGGCCUCUAAACUAUCCUCCUGGAGUCAACUGCAGCUGGCACAUCCAGGGUGGUCAGGGAGAGGUCAUCACCAUCAGUUUCCGAAACUUUGACGUGGCAGAGUCGGGGAAUUGUUUGGGUGACUGUCUGCUGCUGGCCCCAACCUGGAACGGGGAAUCGAGGCUGUGUGGCUCCACGCUACCUCCACCCUUCAUCUCCACCAGGGGGCGUGUGUGGCUGUAUUUCCACUCUCAGGCUAACAGCUCAGGGCAGGCUCAGGGCUUUCGGCUCUCUUACAUCAGAGGACACCUGGGUCAGAGCAGCUGUCAGUCGGAUGAAUUCCUCUGUGGGAAUGGGAAGUGUCUCCCUCGCUCCUGGAAGUGCAACGGGCAGGAUGAAUGUGGUGAUAACACAGACGAACGCAGCUGCUCCCCUCCUCCCACUGAGGCUCAGCCUGGCCUCUGUCCCUAUGGCUCCGUUCCGUGCACAGAGGCUCAGUCCACCCGCUGUCUGCCUGCUUCUCUGCGCUGCAACGGAGCCCGAGACUGUCACGAUGGCACGGAUGAGUGGGGCUGCCCUGACACCACCUGUGGAAAACGCCUAGGAAACUUCUACGGUUCUUUUGCUUCCCCGGAUUUUUUCCGAGCCAACAGGAGCACCAUGGUGGAGCUCAGGUGUUCCUGGUUGCUGGACACACAGGACCCCAAGCCCAUCGUGCUGCAGCUGGAUCUGCAGCUGGGGCCCAAAGACUCGCUGCACGUGUACGAUGGCCUACUGCAGCGAGCCGAGCACCUCCUGCAGGUGUUGUCGUAUCAUAACAACAGAAGGCCAGCGCUGCUGGAGUCCAGCCGAGGACAGAUGAGUGUUUUGUACAUGGCUCAGCCUCACAGCCCAGGACAUGGCUUCAAUGCUACUUACCAGGUCAAAGGUUACUGUUUUCCUGGCGAGCGUCCCUGUGGCAGCGAGCAAGGCUGUUACUCUGAACGCCAACGCUGUGACGGCUACUGGCACUGCCCUUCAGGUCGAGACGAGGAGGGCUGUCCAGCAUGUCCAGAUGGGGAGUUUCCCUGUGAAGGUGGCACUGGAGUUUGUUACCCCGCCUCCGAACGCUGCAAUAACCAGAAGAGGUGCCCCGAUGGGUCGGAUGAGAAGAACUGCUACGACUGCCAACCAGGAAACUUCCACUGUGGGACGAACCUGUGCAUCUUUGAGACGUGGCGCUGUGACGGUCAGGAGGACUGCCUGGAUGGGAGUGAUGAGAGGGACUGCAUGGCGGCGGUGCCCAGGAAAGUAAUCACAGCUGCUCUGAUUGGCAGUCUGGUCUGCAGCCUUUUGCUGGUCAUCGCCCUCGGUUGUGCCCUCAAACUCCACUCACUGAGGAACAGAGAGUACAGAGCGUUUGAAACUCAGAUGACUCGUAUGGAGGCCGAGUUUGUUCAGAGAGAAGCUCCACCUUCAUAUGGACAGUUAAUAGCACAGGGUCUUAUUCCACCAGUGGAGGAUUUCCCUGUUUACAACCCAACCCAGGCCUCAGUGUUACAGAAUCUACGUCUGGCAAUGCGAAGACAGAUGAGACGUCACUCGACGAGACGCUCCUCCUCUUCCUCCUCUCGGCGGCGAUUCGGCCAUCUCUGGAACCGCCUCUUCCACAGCGGGGGGCGAUUUAGAGGCCACGCUCCACUGCUUGACACCCCUGGAGCCACACAGAUCACACUGGGGCUCCACAGCUACCGUACUGUCAAUGUGCAGGGGGCCCAGGCCACCACCAGGUCUGGAGCCGGGCCUGGUGAUGAGAUUAAUGUCAGGGGAAUAUCGGAGCUGGAUCUGCAGCCAUGCACGCCAGAGAGCCCAGCGUCUCCUCUCUCCUUUCACUCUGUGGACAGUCCAGAUACUGAGGAGAUGUCCCCUGUUAGCCAGGGAAGCAGCAGGGCAACGCAGUCUGAGCCCCCUACCCCUGUUCAAAGUGAUUCUUCAUGCCAUAGCGGACCAACUUCCACACCCCAGGAAGCCUCUGUUCCCCCAUGUCACCCAAGAGCAUCUAGAAAACUGGUUCUGGAGCUCGCUGUGAACUUAAAGGGUGUUUCUUUAAGACGUUACUCCCCACUGGGACCCUUGUCCCCUAAAUCCCCCUCUGUGUUUCCCAGUAGCUCACAGACAUCCCACUGUAACUCCCAGGGGCCGGAGGUGACUCCGCCCUCUGAUCCUUUGUCUUCUUCUUCUUCUUCUGUGAAAGGACAGGGCAGUGACAGUCACUUCACUUUAGAGGUGGUAAGCAGGGAAAUAAGCAGCAGGGACGAAGGGAGGAGGGAGGAGAAGAGCAGACUGUGCAGGCUGAGCAGAGCCUUCAGUGACGAGGGGGGGGACUCAGGGAGGGAGACAACGCCAUGCUAAAGGGUUCAGGAAGAUAAUCUCAUCCCCCUCAAUCUGAUGUGACCUGCUGUCUGCAAUAUGUGCUCUGCUGAAGUGUCCUUGAAUCGUGCCCCCACCGAAUGCAGAGGUGAGACCCAUCAUAGGAAUAGAAUUAGAUUAUUUCUAAUACGUAAAAAUCUGCAUAUGCACAAAAACAUACUUAUGCAGUUCUCUCCUAAAGUGAUGAAAACCAGCGUUGAUAGUGCUUGUGUUCUGUGGUUUGAAGGAAGGCUGUUUUUACUUGUGCACUCUGUAAAAUUUCAGGAUGGCUGAUGGGAAAUCUUCUUGUGCCGCUUGUUCUCCUCACCGCUAGAUGAUUACUUGUUGGACAAAAGGGGUAAAGCGUUAGAGACUGCAUGUAAUUGGAGAUUGACAUUGACAAACUAGUGGAAAAGAACAUACUAGACUGUGUACCAGUCAUGUGAUAUAAACCUUAGCGCCUGCUCACUUGCAGGGAAAUUUUUCACAAGGAAAACAAGGAAACUUCAUCAGGGGGCUUGCAGGAAAGAGUUGAGGUAAAAUUAGGGUGAAAAUUAAUCUGUUUGCAUUUAAACCUGCAGCUCAUCCUGAAAUUUUCAGGAUUUUUUUGUGCAUGUGUAAAAAAAGCUUAUGAAACAUGAGGGAUAUGUUGGCUCCGACAAUACAAUACAAAGAAACAACUCAAUUCUGCCAGUUAGGACUUAAUGUCAUCAGAAAUUGUUCCAAAAAUCAAACUCAGUUUUGGCCUCCAGCACCAAAACAAUAUAGCAAAAUGUUCCUAAAACGCCAAAGCAGCCUUUGUGUUGUUACCCAGAGCCAUUAUGCACCGCUUUUUACUGUGAACCAGAGAAGCCUGUUAAAUAAACCCAUAGUACUUUAUCUGAUAUAUGGUCUUAUACGCUGUUUUAUUCCCAGCUUACUGUACAAGGUGGAGUUGUUAUUCCUUUAUGUAGUGUGUUGCUGUAAUAAAGGAUAAAGAUGGCGAUAUUUUACUUAAGUAUAAGAAAGAAGCAAAAACCAACUGUGAAUUUAUCCAUAUCCACAAUUUUAAACCCCCUCAGCCUGUUUGUUGUCUUUUGUUUCUGACAAAGGAAACACAAAGAGAUCAUGACUCUACAGCUGUCAGGAAAAGUUUCUUAACAAAAAGGAAAUUGUGCAUUUGUUGAGUUCUUUUCAGCAGCAGAUUAUUCCAUAUUUGUAUACUGGUGUGGACUUGCAGCUUGUGGAAAUGAGACCUAAUAGACCACAGAGCUUAUGUUCAUGCUAAUGAGGUAACAUGUCAUCCAGUGCAAGGUUGUUGCUCAUUCAUUUAGAUUUUUCUUAGACAAAAAUAAGUCUCGUUGACACAAAUUUACAAGGUAUAACAGGAUACCAAGAUACGUGUUUGGCAGAAUAAAUCUUUUUUGGUUUUAUAAUAGGAUUCUUUUCACUUACAAGUGCAAACAACAUGCAGACUUUUAUCAUAACGCAACUUUGAACCAAUAAUGCUUUUUAUUCUUGUAAAUCUAGUGUUUUGUUUCUUUCAGGAAACUGGGUAAAAAGAUUGAUUCAACUCUGAUUUUUUUACAACAAAAAACGACACAUACUUCUACAGUUAGCAAACGAUUAGCUUAUGUUAGCCUGCAAAAACACUGGGAAAUGAUUACACUGGUAUCUUCACCUGAAUCUGAUUUUUUUAUGUCUACUUCGAUCUGAUUUCUUUUUCAUGGCUGUUUGAACAGCUCAACUGACACUGAGGUCUGGUCUUUUCAGAUUAUACUUGGGCCACUUUAUUCUGAGAUUCCACUGAAGUGAAUGUAGGAGUCUGAUUUAGGCCACAUUUUAAAAAAUGAUGACAAUGAACAAAAACAAACCAAAAAUCCAGAUAUAUCAGAAAUGAGCUCUGAGGCAGUGUGAUGCAGCCUAGAGGUGCCAGUAAGAGGAUUUUGUUACCUUCAGACAGAACAAGGCAUGCUGCCUCAUCUACUUCAGUCUUUAUGCUUUGCUUUUAACUGAACGCUGGCUGAAGAGUGAUUUUUUUUAAUUUUGCAUUUUUGGUCACAAGACAGAACAAGUUAAUUCCCCAAAGAUCUUAACUUUAGUUUAAGUUUUGUGUACUGUUUAUUCAUGCAGCAGCCCACUUAUGUCAUGUCUUUCUAAGUAUACUCAAGCAAAAUUGUAUAAGUCAGUUGCUUUUCGCAUGCUUACUUCCACCUCCCAUGAAAUCAAAAUUAUUUUAGGUUAUUUUUAAAUUAACGUCUUGAA